GAAGCCAAAUGCGCGGAGAGCCAUGUUGAUAUCGUAAGUUCUCCUUUACUGCACCUACCCAUCAUCGUUAUAUGCGCGCGGGAUCAGCUUCUGGGACCUCUUAGAACGGACAUUCGAGUCGAGGAGCUAUCCAUGGACAUCAAGCUGGAACGGAUGCGUGUGAACGAAGCUCUGAACGCGCGAGACGCGGUUGUCCGACGGUUCGCAGAAGCAUGUGUCUCAGUCCGCGAGAAGAACACGAUAAUCCAGAAUUUGAAGCGCGAAAGGAACGAUCUGGAGAGACAGCUCGCGAUGGUAAACGGUCGGAAUGCAAUGCUGGCGGCAGAGAACCCGAACACGUCCACGAGGGCCCUGGAGGAGAGGAAGAACGCGAAGAUCGCCCUGGAGGUCGCACGUCUGUCAGAUAUAUGCAAGAAUUUCCAGCAUGAGAUCAGGAUGCUGCGUAUCCACAUCGAGACGAGCGGGAAGGAAGGCGAUCCGAUGCCGGAGAGCAUAGAGAACAUACAUCAGCAUUCGAGACGUGAAUGGCAGACGUGUCUGCACAGAAUACUUCUGCAUGCACAGGAUCUCGCCGCGGCCGCUGCUACCCGCCGGGAUGCCCCCUCUGUAUCCCCGAGACCUGCAUCACCCCUUCCUCUUAGCCCGAUCGUCUUUACAAGCCCAAAGAGUCCUGAAGUGCUCGCUCCCGAUCUUCAGAUGCAGGCGCUCACCCUCGAGGAUCAUGAACAAAGAGUAGCCACAGCUAUGGCCGCUCCGGAUCCCAUAGAACGAAUACAAGCGAGGAACGCGGAACUGGCUGCCUUGCCUCUGCCCGCCGACAUUCCUCCUGAUGUCUUGCGACCGAUCACCAUCCCUUCGCCGUUCACUCUGCAUGAAUUCCUUGGGGCCACGCCCGUCCUGCUUCGUACUCAGCUUGGCAAUUACCGCGUCUUCCAACAGACCACGACGUAUUGGUGCCCUGAACGCGAAGAGCAUGGUUACUUCCUGACACCCAUUUAUAAAUGCAACACCAAUCCUCGUGUUAGCACAGCGCACCGCUGGGCAGUCGUGGACAUGGCACCGAAGCUGAAUAGGCACACCGAGUGCUUCUACAAUAAGGACGGCAAAUGGUACUACGCUGGGAUCUACCAGGCCUUCUGGCUUGACGAGCUGACUCCAGCCGAGUGGGAGAAUCUCUCAAACGAGGUACAGCCUCCUAGCCCACAUAUACUCCUUUCUUUGACUCUCCCCGCUUUUUCGAAGACUACGCAAGCCUUGGUCAAGGAGACCCUCGCCGGGCGGAAGAACACCUCACCGCAAAACGUCUACGAGACCGGACAGCUGUAUAUCGCCGGCGCGCUCAAGGUCGCGUGCAUCGGGCUGCAAUGUAUCGGUUUCAACAACAACCUAUACCGCAUGCUUCUAGAACACGCGGCCAAGUGCGCGCAAACCGGCAAGUGGAGGGCGACGCCCGUGAUCGCAGGACCGACGUGGGGUGCGGGCGCCGCUGCAAAUGUGAAUGUGAAUGCGCUGCAAGUCUCUCCGGUUCUGGCUGGCUCCGCUGUGUCUUAUGCAAUUGAAGGCUCGGAAGGUUCUGCUGGCGACUUCGAACCAAAGGCCUAGGUGGUAUGUUUCAAUCUCGGCUUCAUUCUGGACUGUUGGACACUCUGGCAAGACCUGAUUCUGUUAUGAACUAUUCAAUGAAUGUCAUCCAUGGAUUCCCAUCAGGCAAUUUCAUCUGUCUACCCUCAUGUUGUCCAUCCCUCCUGUUUGUCCCUUCU